GUGAACAUAAAGCUACGUGUAUUAUACACGUGCAGUCUUCCAUUAUACCGGCAUGAGUAGAGUGAUAUUUGUCCAGUAACAGGGAAUUGCUGUUACUUUUUGCAGCGUGUACUCGUAUUUAUCGUGGUACUUCCUCAGACGGCUCUUUGCCAACGGUUUUCGCUGUGAAGUUAGACCGUUGACCAUACCUGCCAUGUUCCCCUUAAUCGCGGCCAUUCUGGUGGCAUGCAUCAGCGGAUUCUGGCUUGGCACCAGACUGGUGUCCCACCUGAAAGGUCGUGUGGACCCGCGCGGUAAAUCGGUUCUGGUGACCGGGUGUGACACGGGCUUCGGGCACUCCCUAGCAGGCCGGCUCCACUCACUCGGGUUCAUGGUCUUUGCUGGCUGCUUGGAUUCGAGGGGCGAGGGGGCAGCAAAGUUGACCGAGGAGGCUAGAAGAGUCGAAGGGUGUAAAAAGGCCCGCUGCAAACGUAUGAAGGUACUUCAGAUGGAUAUUUGUAAGGACGACGAAGUGAAUGAAGCUGUGAAGAUAGUUACAAGUCUGUUGCGCAAGGAUGAAGGCCUAUGGGCCAUUGUGAAUAACGCCGGUCUGUCAACAUUUGGCGAGGUUGAAUGGUGCAGUCUUGCUGUGUUCAAACGUAUGGCCGAGGUCAACGUAUGGGGAGGGAUACGAGCAAUCAAAGCAUUCUUGCCUCUUAUCAGGAAAGCAAAAGGUCGGAUUGUUCAAAUGACGAGCGGACUGGGGCGCCAAGCUCUCGCAGGCCGGUCGUGCUACGUAUUGACCAAGUACGCCAUGGAAGGUUUCAGCCAAUGCCUACGCUACGAGAUGCGCCGAUGGGGAGUGCGCGUCAGCAUCAUCGAACCGGGGAAUUUCAUCGCCGCCACUGGCAUCUUCACCCAGGAACGGAUCCACCAGAUCGCCAGCCAGAUGUGGGAAGACGCUAGCGAGGAGACACGGCAGGCAUACGGCAAGGAGACCUUUGACACCCAGGUGGAGAGGAUGAAUUACUACAGUCAGAUCGGUACGACGGACCCGAGUCCCGUCAUUGACGCCAUGGUGGCGGCCAUUACUGACAGACACCCUAGGAUCAGAUACGAACCUAAGGAUUGGUACUGGCGUCUACGCACGUUCAUCAUGACGAUACUUCCUCAGAGAAUCGGAGACUGGUUGUAUCAUUCAUGAUUGCUUGGUUGUGGUAAAAUGCAGGACAAUUAGUGUGAAGUCAUGACAAGGAAACUUGUAACGUUGUUAAACUAAAUGAUAAAAGGACACAUCUCCAAUUUAUUGCUUGUACUAAGUUUAUGGGAAGUUAUGAAUGAUACUCGAGAAUAGUUAUUCACGUAGCAGGUCACGUAAAACGGAGAACUCUUUCCAGAAUGGACCCGACCCGACCCAACCCAAAACCACUCCAAAAACAUCCGAUGUACACAACUGCAUGGCAAUUGUAAGGCGACAUUUGUUCAUCCUUUUAUUCAUCUGCCAUCAGAAUAUUGAUUCGACUGUUGGCCGUGUAUCCCUCCAAUCCUAGAGGGUCUGUACAGAAUCAACUGGUGAAAAGGGAUGUCUAGUUUGUACUCGGACUCACCUGAUGGCCUUUGCACCAAUUAAUUCCUAAAUGUGCGCGCAUGCGCAACACUGGCCAUGGCGACAAAAAAGCCAGGUUUACUACAUCAAAACUUAAAUGUAUGCUAUCGUUGUAAAGGGGAAAGUAUUUUUUCAUUAACUUGUAACACGCCUACAAGCUGGUUUAUUUCAGAGAUGAAGGCUCCGGUGGUAACAAAGUCGUGAUGUCGAAUUGACGACGGUCUUUUACACAAGCACAAAAGAUGAACUGUUCUGUUGACCUCUUGCGCACGCGGCAAAAACAUAUUUUUUAUUCUUUAUUUGUCUGUAAAACUCUUUAACCAGAAAAAUACUGCUACGAUGAUACAUAUGUAUUUUAGGGUUUACCAAAGACAGAAAAAAAAGCCCACGGAGAAUUUGAAGGAAAUUGAUCAUGAAGUCUGCGCCCUUGAACAUUAUCAUUUUUCGGUGCGCUGCUCACAAUUUUUGCCACCGUGGCCACUGUCACGUAUGCGUACACAACAUUAUGGAUUUUAAGUGCAAAGAGGCAUAAGUCGUAAUUCCCCUCAAAGUUUGGUAAAAGUAGCACAGUGUGUGGAUAGCAUACCCUUCUGAUCCACGAGCGAUCCCUGGGAUAUCUCUACCAUACGGAUGCUGUGACGGAAUUUAGAACUAUUUUGCUGCAUAGAGAAAUAACACUUCACUGUAUUCAAUGGUUCCCUGGCAUGUUUCAGGAACAACUGCCGGGUAUCUACUGCAAGCUUCUAAUCCUUAGCGCCACCCAAAUAUGACAAACCACGAGCAUCACGGACGACCGUCAGCAUGGUACUUGCUGCAACAGUUUCUUCAAGCUGAGGGCGCGAUCAGUCGAUCGGGGUAUUGGAACAAUUUUGGGCAGAAUCAACCAACAGCGGUGCCGCAGUUGAUUCUUUGCGAAAUCUCUUUCAUACGACGGUUUUUAAGGAACUUGGUAGGAAAAAUAUACAUUGUCGGCCAACACUUUGUUAAGGGAACAAUAAAUUUUUGUUGAGGGAAACACCAAGUUUUUUGAGGGAACAACAACGUUUGUUGAGGGAACAACAAAGGUUGUUCUAUGAAAAUAGAUACUGAUAUACUGCACACAACAUACACAAAGAGAAAAAGGUUUAGUCCCACUCAUUCAAGCCCUAUUGAAACGGUGUAAAAUCGGCAUUGUUCAGGGCCCAAUAACAUGCAUACCUACAUCCCUGGAGUUUCUGAAACAGAAAUUAGAUUACUGUCUGGUCCCUGAUCUUUCAAUUUCUUUUCAAUUUUCUGUGGGUUAACUGAUUACAUUUCUAGUUAUUCCCACAAAA